CGUUUGUUUGUUGAUUGGUUGAUGUAGCGUCGUACUGUUUUUGAGUAUUUUGUGAUUGUGACCGUAGUGAUCGUCUUGUCUGCGUCUAUCGUCGAACUUUCGUCUCUAAAGCCCACGAGAGCAAAUAAAACGUCUACGAGUUGUGUUGUGAUGUUGAGUCGACUUGUUUCUGUACAGAUUUAUCAUUUCUUCUUCAUUCUAUAUCUGUUGAGCUGAUACAAAUGUAGUAUUAAAACACGUACACGUAAAAGUUGCAAAGAAUCAUUAAUGAGAAAAAUAUUAGAACCUUGAGUAUUAACUUUACGCUUUCAUGAACUCCUACACUAAUCCAAAAGAAAUAUCGAAAAUCUUCUUGUGAAAAUCACAUUUGAAAAGAUAAUUAAAUUAUAAAGUACAUAAGAAACGUUUUCUGAUACCAAUUAGCAAAACCAUUCUUCAAAGGGCAACACAUAUAAACUUCGAUAUUUUACUUUGCAGAGUGUUAGUCCCAUACCUAUUCUUCUUAUGAUAGUAGCAUCUUUGAACUCGAGCUACUCCGGUUGCGUAGUUUGACUUCAUUUCAAUUCUUACACCUGGAAUUUACAAUUGAUUUCUUGUUUCGUUUUUGUAAAUAUAUCGUGCGCUUCAGUUACCCCUCAUUGUAAAAACAUCAUUUUACAUUUCACACCAAACAUCUGAAUGAAUGAUUCUUUCAACCGUAUCAGGCCACUAUUGAACUUAUUCAGCUUCCAUAACUUUCACUAAUAACAUAACUUUCCUAUGCAGAUUGUGCGGCACAACGAAAACGCCAAGCUGUCUCGCAACGAGGAAGUCGGUCGCUUCUUCUUAGCGACCGAGGAAAUCCCCAAGGACACGAUUCUCUUCACCGAAGCACCCAUGGUCAUCGGCCCCAAGUGGAACCUGGCGGAGUACGAACAGCGCUCGACGACCGUUCCGUGCGUAGGCUGCUUCGCUGAUUGUCAGCUGGGAUUGUAUCGUUGCGAGGCUUGCCAGUGGCCUGCAUGCAAGCCGGACUGCCCUGGACUGGAAAACGCGAACUUACACGCGUUGGAAUGCGGUAUCCUUCGUUUCGGAGCGGGACCCAAACCGAAGCAUGACCCGGAAGCGAUCUUCGAUUACUACCGAUACGACGCGCUGUUGGUUCUGAAAUGUCUGGCACUGCAAAUCCGAAACCGACAGCUGUUCGAUCAGAUGAUGGAGCUCGAAAGUCACUACGAAGCACGGAAGGGUACACCCUUCUACAGGGAAGCUGACGAACGCACCGUACAAUACUUGCUGAAGAACUUUCUCAAUCCACUGAAGAAGAUGGAGGAACAACAGGGUAAAACCGUGCUGCCAGUUAACGAUGCCAAGACACUGCACAAGAUUAGUGGAAUCCUCGAGGUUAACGCCAUGGUCAUUCCGCUUUCCAAUGGGCGGGAAAUCUGCGGACUGUACCCUAUCGGUUGUAUGUUAGAGCACUGCUGUAUGCCCAAUUGUUUCUACACGUUCAACACCACCAAGGGGAUGAAGCUGACCUUCAAAGCCGGAAGGGAUAUUAAGAAAGGUGAACACCUCACGACCACGUACACCCACUCUUUAUGGGGAACCCAACAGCGUCGCGAACAUCUCAAGGCGAACAAGUACUUCUCGUGCACCUGUACCCGUUGCGCUGAUGCCACCGAAAUGGGAACAUACCUCAGCGCCCUCAAAUGCAUGGGAAUCGAUGGAAACACUUGCGCUGGUUACCAGCUACCCCUCAACCCCUUGGACGACACAAGCGAAUGGAAGUGCAACCAAUGCCCAAUCCAGGUCGAAGCCGAUCAAGUCAAUUUCCUGUUAUCCAAAAUCGGCGAAGAAGUGGACGAUGCCAUGGACCGUAAGGCAUCGGUCAAGCAACUGGAAGACCUCAUCUUUAAGCUGUUGACUUUUCUGCACCCGAACCAUCACUUCUUGCUGCAGCUGAAGCACUCGCUGAUCCAGAUGUACGGUCACUUCAAGGGCUACGCCACCAACCAGCUGUCCGAUCGCGUCCUAGAGGAGAAGGUCGAAACGUGUCGUCAGAUGACCAAGGUCAUCGAAACCCUGGAUCCGGAUUCGUUCCGGUUGAGUUUGUACGCGGCUGUGGUGUACUUCGAACAGCAGUCAGCGCUGGUCGAAAUCAACGAGCGUAAGCUACGAUCUGGGGUGCCGAAGUUGGACGAAGGGGUUCAGAAGAAUUAUAACGAAGCGUUGCAUUGUUUGAUGAAGGGCAAGAAGGUGUUGGUGAACGAGAUGGGUACCCAGCAGGGGAAGAAGCUGUCCGAAGAGAUUGAGAAGGCGACGGAGAGGGUUGAGGCAAUUAUCGUGUCUUUGAAAUGAGUGUUAACAUAGGAAAAAAACUUGUUAUCUAAAAAUAACUGUUAUCUUUGAAUGAAGUAGAUAUUUUUAGUUUUAUGUUCGA